CAAUUUAUGGCUGUAAAAAGAUAUGAAAAGCUGGAUUUGCGAAAAUAUAACCUUUGACCCAUGAUGUCAUCGAAAAUGGCUGACAAGAAAGCGAGGGAAAGCGGGCGACUUCGAGACGCGGACAAGAGAAGAGUGAUCGACAGCGUCACACGACUAAAGCGACAACGGCGGCAAAUAGAGAACCUGGAAAGAGACAACUUCCACGACGACCCACAUGCGAAUCUUGUCUUAGUCAACAAAAAACUGCCACAGUUCAGUGAUACCAACGACUCACCUGCUACAAAGAAGAAGAAGAAAACAAGAGGAGAUCAUUUUAAGCAGAGGUUCAGAAAAAACUUUCAAACAUUGUUAGAGGAAGAGCAACUCAGCAUAAGAGGAGGACCUAACUACCUCACAGCACAGGUGCCACCAUCCGAGUAUCCUGAGAGAAAGUUCUGUGCAGUGUGUGGCUUCCCCUCCAACUACACCUGUGUCACCUGUGGUGCCAGGUACUGCUGUGUCAGGUGUUUAGGAACACAUCAGGAUACAAGGUGCCUGAAGUGGACAGUGUAAUGUCAAGUCAACUUGUAAAUAAGGCUCCUGGGCUGGAGGUGUGAGAUGAGUGGUCAAGUCAAGUCUGUUUUUGCAAGGAAUGCCACAACAGCAUCACAUCCUUCAAGACACAAGUCAUGAUAACAAACGUCCUCCACAAUGUUGCAACAUUACAAUGACAGAAAUUUUUGCAUUCCAGAAAACUUGGAUGUUAUAAAACUGUAAGAAGAUUGAUGUAGAUCUGAUGGGCAAACAAGAGAGAGUUUUUCAGAAAACAUAGUUAAAGUCUGCAACCAGCAUUUUGCGAGACAUCAUAUGGACACUAACAUGGAGGCACAUACAGCUAUUUGCAUUCUAGUGUUGCUCAUUCAUUUUUGUACAUUUACUUUUAGUAGAGAUCUUCUGACCCUCUCUCUCAAUGAAUUGUGUAUGUCUCAAAGAACAGAAUAUCAGAAGACUGCAUAAAACCUGCCAAUGAAAUUUUACAAUGCUGUGUACAUAUAGGCACCAAUGUGCCCACUUUAUUGAUAUGAAAAGUUAGUAAAACUCUGAAUAUAUGACACACUAUGCCACAGUCUUUGUGUACGUGUCUGUUCUGUUGCAAUAGUACAUGAAGCAAUAAUAUAGAUUCUGAUCAAUAUAAGAUCAAUGAGUUACAUGAUUUCCAUUAGAUGUUGCCAUGUCUUUUUUGCUUACAAAUUUUUGUGGUUUAAUACCCAUAUGGAUACCCAUAAUGCUGUAACAAGCCCCUAGUCAAUAAUUUUACACU